CGUGACUCACCCAAUAUAUCGAGCACCUUAAUGAGUAUCGCACUAGUACAUUAAUUUAUUCAACGAUCGAACUAUUCUGAAUAAUUUACCAGCUUACCGUUUCAGCAGCUGACUCGAAGCCGCAAGAUCGGUACCGAUUUUCCGGUCCAAGCAAUUUGUCGAACACUUGGGGAGUAUCGUGCUGCUAGCCUCGUCUUCACCUGAUUCUUGGGAUUUCUUGAUGACACACGGAUGACGACGAUCAGGAGGGUGACAUAUAUAGAGCUGUAUUCGCGACGCGAUGACGAAUGACGCUAACUGGCGGAAUUGACGACGCAAUUGGGAAUUAAAACCGAGUGAGCCGAGAGGGCGCACCGGCGAGCAGGAAACCACGCGAGUACAAGAUAUGGAAAACGACGGGCUCGACAACACGCGAAGCGACGGCGGUCGAAUCGGCAACAAAUCGUUGGCGAAUUCGAUAAACACGACCUCAGUCGCGUGCUGACGUGGUCAAAAUAAUUGUGGCUAGCAAGCUUGCGACAGAGGCGAUGAUGGUGUGGGAACUCGACACGCUGUGACGAGCAGAUAAAAUUCGUGCGCGCGGCAACAAAGAAAGAGCGAGCUACGCGUGAGCAGAGAGCUCCACACGAAAACUCGACGCGCGCAGGGACUAUAGCGAGCUAGAGCAGACAGUCAUGGGAGAUGUAGAGCCGAGCUGGGCGACAAAGCGAAAUCCGGGCUGGAGCAUUGACGAGCAAAGAGCUUCGCGCGCGCAAGAACAACAGACGCUAUGCGCGCGACGCAAAGGCGAGCAGGACGUAGCCAACAGGGGAGCUUCGACGGCGAGCAACUGAGAAUGGCUCGACGAUGUCAUGGAGCAGCAGGAAAUAACAACGCCAAGAUGGUCGAGGAGACAAGUCCGGCGACGACAUAGACGGUUAGCACGGCGAGCAGGGCAGGAGCUCGGGCGAGCUGAGGGAGCGGUAAAGGGGACGAUUAGGCCGAGCAGGUCACGGUGCGUGCGCAGGAUAGCGCGCACGGGAAGAAGACCUUGGUUGGAGAGAGCGCUGGCUGGAGAUGGACGCCGAGCGCGCAGACCGAGCAGUCGCCAUGGGGACGAGCGAAGCUCCGGUCGGCGAGCUGGAGCAAGGUCCAGUGCGCGGCCGAGCAGUCGAGCAAGGGCCUGGCCGAGAUGCGUCAAGUGAAUUCAGGACGCGCGUGCUUGAUUUUAUACUCGAGUUGAGCGGUGGCUGGAGCUGGAACACCGGCGAGCCAGGCGCGGCGCUGGAAAGAUAGGAGCAGGGAACGACGGGAUAAGCCAGGCGGCCUA